AUGGACCCACACUCACAUCCACUUCUCGGGGAUGCUCUGCCUCCGCUCGAAAGACUUGCGAAUGGAGCGGUUUCAGAUUUGGAAAGCAAGCGAACGCCUGACUGUGGUGAUGGGGCAGCUUGUAUGCAACGUCCCUUCAGUGGGGGACAUUUUUAUGGUUCGUACUCUUCUCCUGUGCGCCUUUCUAUCGUUGUAUUUAUCUCCUUGGCUGUUGUAUACUUUUUGCUGCGUUGUUCUGACUUGACAAAAGGAAGAUAUCGGGCUGUUCCGUUGAUCAGGGGGCUUGCAGCUGGGGACGGCAGACCAUGUCACAAAUAUGAAGAAGAUUGGGGGAACGGAAGAGAGGAGGGUUUUUGGAUUGAUGGACUCGAGUGGACUGCUGGGAACUCACCGGCAGAAGAAGGCCCCUCUGGAAGUACGGUGUGGCAGUCAGACACACGGCGGUCGUCGUCAAUGCCACUGACACCUGGGAUUUUCGGGGGACUUCGUCCCGUUGCUAUUGGAACAGAACAAGCUAGUGCUGCAGAUAACGCACUGGAACUUACCGGAGGGAUUGAGGGAAAUUAUGCGCACAGACAGCAUCCGCAGAGCCAAGGAACUCUUCACCCAUGCCAACAAGGGCUUGAAAGGGGAAACGGUGGUGUUGAGCAUACGACGGCUGAGGUGCGACUGCAGGAAGGUGAAACGUUGGAAAUGUGGAAAGGGCGACAUUUGCCCCAAUAUGCUGAAAUGCAGCUUGUGAGCGUGUUCAAGCGCAUGAUGGGAGCUGCAUCGGCGUGCCAAUCUUUAUUGGAACUGCUAGACCGGAGUCAACGACUGCGACUGUCAUGUGAAGUGAUGAGGUUGCUUGCACUGGAACUGGGCGCUAUUUCUCUCGUCCGAGAACACCUUGAACCUUUACGGUCAAACCUUGGUGUCGCUAUUGUGGAUUUGGGGCUACAUGCGCUACAGCGCUCUAGCGUUCUAGAAGAUAGCGGAAAGGAUGUUUGGCUUAUUCGCGAAUUGAUUGCCUUGGUACUCGAGCUCAAGAAUCCCCGUCCGGCAACGGAAGAGAACGUCGCAGUUAGGUACAGAAAGAAGAUGGUUUCUAUAUUGCAAACAGCCUCCUUGGCAGCAGGAUAUUGUAUGGGUGUGGUCUUGGGGCUGUUGGCGUACACGCAAG